AUGCAUCUGACAGCUCGCUGUCCCUGCCAUGAGGAAACCAGAGCUGGGAGGGCUCUUCCUGCCCGGGGGAGGCUUCCCAGGAGUGUGAGGGAUUUACAACCGCCACCUCUCGUUCCCUGCCCCUGCAGUGUCACACUGAAGGCCAUGUGCAGUGGCAAGCUGCAGACAUCCUUGCUGGUGGCCGGCUACUUUGUCUACCUGCUGGUGGGUGCUGCUGUGUUCCAGGCCCUGGAGAGGACCGCUGAGAAGCAGGAGAAAAUGGCAGCUGCCCAAAUGAAGGAGGCUUUUCUGCAGAACUUCACGCAGCUCACAGUGGCAGAGAUGGAGCAGUUUAUGAAGAGCCUGAUUGUAGCCAUUCAGAAUGGAGUAUACCCUGUUGGAAAUGAGUCACAGUUUGAAGAGAGCAACUGGGAUUUCAGCAACUCCUUCUUCUUUGCAGGCACAGUUGUCUCCACAAUAGGCUAUGGCACAUUACAUCCUAAAACUGCUGGGGGACAGAUCUUUUGUGUAUUUUUUGCUCUUUUUGGAAUCCCUCUGAACAUUGUUUUUCUGCACCGUGUUGGUAAGAUGCUCUCACUGCUCUGUAAAAAGCUGGGCAAAUUCCUGUAUGAGAAAGGAAUGAGAAAGAAGAAGAUCACAUUUCUGACCCUUUUGUUCUUCCUGGCAACGGGGAUCCUGGUUUUUCUGUGCUUGCCAUCACUCUUCUUCCAGAUAACAGAGGGCUGGUCCUACAGUGAAGGAAUUUAUUUUGCAUUCAUCACCCUCAGCACCAUUGGCUUUGGAGAUUAUGUAGUAGGCAAACAGUCUGACAGGAAAUAUUUUUCCUACUAUCGAGUGCUCGUGGCCAUUUGGAUUCUUUUUGGCCUUGCCUGGAUUGCUCUGCUGUUUAAUUUAUUAACAACAGUACUAGAAGAUACUGAAAAAAUAAUUGUCAAGGAUCUCCAGCAAAUUGGAAAGGUGAGUAAGGACAAAGUAGGAAGCCAGCAAAGAAGAUGCUGGCCUGUUCAAUUUAUUCCAGAAGAAGAACUGCUACCACCACGUGCUGGAGGGGAUGCACAUAAAAUGGAGUCAUUAACAGCAGAUUCUGAACAUACAAAACAUGAAAAAAAAGUGUUUUCUAAUAGCAAAACUAUUGCCAUAACAUGUGAGUUAUGA